UCUUUCUCAUAUUAUCCCAUUUUUGGAAUCAGAUCACAAACGACUUGUGAAAAACAAUUCUCUCCAAUUUUGUCUCCAUGGCGCAGCAGCAACAACAACGUCCAAUCUUAAACCGUCCCAUCUCUCUUCUCAACCGCAACGGUCUACUCCUCCUUCUCCUUCUAGCACUCUUUGUUAUCCUUGGUGUAUUGUUACCUUUAACUAAAUCUCCUUUGUUCCUGUUUCCAAACACAACGUCAUCUUCUUCUCUUUCUCCUUCUUCUUCUUCUUCUUCUUCUUCUUCUUCUUCUUCUUCUUUACCAUCGAUCUCCGACUGGCGCGACUAUUCCCUUGCUCAAGCCGCUAAGUUUGUGGCUAAGAACGAGACUGUGAUCGUCUGUGCCGUUAGCUACCCUUUCUUGUCUUUUCUUAGCAACUGGUUGAUUAGCAUUUCUAGACAGAAGCAUCAUGAAAAAGUUCUCGUGAUCGCUGAAGAUUACGCUACUCUUUACAAAGUCAACGAGAAGUGGCCUGGUCAUGCUGUUCUCAUUCCUCCAGCGUUGGAUCCUCAGUCCGCACACAAAUUUGGUUCUCAGGGUUUCUACAAUCUGACAUCCCGGAGGCCACAACAUCUCUUGAACAUUUUGGAGCUAGGUUACAAUGUUAUGUACAACGAUGUUGAUAUGGUCUGGUUACAAGAUCCGUUUGACUAUUUACAAGGAAGCCACGACGUAUACUUCAUGGAUGACAUGAUUGAUGUUAAGCCUUUGAAUCACUCUCAUGAUAUACCACCUCUGAGUCCAAGCGGAGUGACUUAUGUAUGUAGCUGCAUGAUCUUCUUGCGUUCAACUGAUGGAGCAAAGCUUCUAAUGAAGAAAUGGGUUGAGGAGAUUCAAGCUCAACGUUGGUCUAACACAGAGGCAAAGAAACCACAUGACCAGCCUGCUUUUAAUCGAGCACUUCAUAAAACAACUCAUCAAGUAGAUGCCUACUUGCUUCCACAAUCAGCUUUCCCAUCAGGAGGAUUGUACUUCAGGAAUGAGACAUGGGUUAAUGAGACAAAGGGGAAACAUGUCGUAGUCCACAAUAACUACAUUAUCGGUUACGACAAGAAGAUGAAACGCUUUCAAGAUUUUAACCUAUGGCUACUCGAUGAUCAUGCUCUUGAGUCUCCACUAGGAAUAUUAAAGAUUUAUCAAGAGCAGCAGAAUACUACUGAAGGGAAAAAUCAGAGGAAAACAGGGAGAAAACAGAGGAGAAACAGGGGUAAGAAACAGAAGUUACCUUAGAGAAGACUUCUUAUAUGUACAACAAGUAUAGGAACUCGAAAUUGUUGCGGAGAGAUUUAUUCAAACUCGAUUUUGAUUACUUAGAUACCUGUUCAAAGCAGUCUCUCAUCAUAAUUAUGUAUACGUUAACCAAGCAAUUUAUGAUAUAUUAUAGAUAAAUGAAUAUCUUUUUUCUAUAUUAAUUAGUGCUUUAAAAAGAAAAAAAAUUGUUGCACUCGUAAGAUUUUCAGAGAUUUAGAAUAUGUCUUGAACAAAUCUAUGUAUUCGUUUUAUC